AUGUUACCAAUAAGUCAAACAUCACCAGUACCUUUACAGCGAUCAUUAAUUCCAAUUAAUAUUGAAACAUUAGCUGGAUCAUCAUUUGAAUUACUUGUUUCACCGUAUGAACAGAUUCAAUAUAUUAAACGUAAAAUUGAAAGACGACAAGGUAUACCUGUUUCGCAUCAACAUCUCGUUUGGAAAUCAAAUGAACUUGAAGAUGAAUCUUGUUUACAUGAUUAUAAAAUCGAAGCCGGUACAACAAUUAAACUUGUUUUAGCUAUGCGUGGCGGUCCUGUUAAUACAAAACGUGUACCAAUUGAGGAUAGUUUUAUACGUGAAAUGUCAGAAUAUAUUGAAAAUAGCCGAGAUGAUUGUACAAUUAGUAGUGAUUUAUUACCAUCGUCAAAUAAAAAUGUUACUUUUCUUGUUUUACGUGAUGGUGAUCAAUUUAAUUUUUUUCAAGUUAUUGAUAGAGGUGAUGGUACUCUCUCACCUUUAUCAGGUUCUAUAAGUAAUGCAUCGAUGUAUAAUGCACAUGAAACAAUCACUGUUGAAGCAGAACCUGAAAAUGAUGAAAAGCGACAAGCUGAUGAUCGUAAAACAAAACAAAAAAUGGAAUUGAUUAGAUCAAAAUUAAAAACACAUGAUAGAAAAGAUAUACUACCAUUACGUCCUUCGUCAGGAACAAAACAAACGAAAUCAAAUAUAAUUCAUCAUCGUCGUCGUAAUAUAAUUGUUGAUUCAAAUUCAAACAUAGGCACUCACGGUGAUAAUUCAUCUGGUACAUCAUCUUUAGAACCACAAAAACAAACUUGUUCAGUACCCUAUCAGCUAUCGCCAACCAAUAUUUUUAAUACAUAUAAUAUAUUAGCAGCUGCUGCUAUUGGACAAUCUGUUUUUCUCAAUGAAGAAGAUAGCGAAGAUGGAGAUGAUAGUCCCGAUGAAGAUGAUGAUCAACAAACGCCAUCUGAUCAACAACAAAUUCUAACAUCACUACCAAUUACAUUAACUAAUCAAAAAAAUCAACAACUAUUAACAUCCCGAUCAUAUUCACCAUCAGUUUUUAGUAAGAAAAAUCAUCAUCAUCAUCAACAUGAAGUAAAAUUAUCAAAAAAAUCUCUUCAUGAUUCUUAUUAUCAAAGCCAGAGUACAAGAAUAAAAACUGAACAACAUAAUUCAACGAAUAUAUUAAAUACUUGUACACGCCAUUCUAACGAUACUAUAUUUUCAACGAAUUAUCCAUCAAAAACGCUUGGACCUGUGAGUCAAGAAACGGCUAUAAUAACAACGUCAACUACUUGUGAGAAUGAUAAAAGCACUGAUGCUGUCUUAAUUAAUAAUAUUGAUUCUACAUUACCAAUAUUAGACCAACAAUUAAUACCAAUUGUUUCAACAUCUUCACAUUUUCUUUCAGCAACAAUGAGUAAACAAUUUAGUACCUGCGGAGAAUCAAAAUCGAACAAUAUUGAUUCUCUAUUAGAUAAUCAAGAUGAAAAAAUUACUUCAGCUAGUGAAAUAAUUUAUCAGCAAUCACAUACAUCGCCUAUGCUUGAAUUACUUGAUGAUGAUAUUAUUUCACCAACCAAUGGUUUAACAAGUGCAGCAUCAAUACACGAUGAUAAAACUGAACCGUAUAGAAAACGAACAGCUGAAAUUCAAAGUCGUAAUGAUACAUCAUUGAGUAAACCCAUGUGGACUGAUGACGAUGAUCAAUUAAUUAUUGGCGAUGAAUAUACAGUAGGCGAACGUACAUCGACAAGUCAUUCAAUAUUAUUUCGUCAUCGAAACAGUUCAACAAGUACAACUAUUGCUACACCAGUGCCAACAUUUCCUAGUGUUGUAAAAAAAUCUACAUUACCAUCAUCAACACAACAUUUUCUUCAUUAUCAUAAACCAUUAAAUACUAAUGAUGCAAAACAAACAAAAUCAUCACCAAGACCACCUUUUCCAUCGUCCGUAUCAAAAUAUAAGCGUAUGCCAUCAAAUAUACCUUUAACAACAUCAUCACAACAACAAACACAUACAGGUACAUCGAAUACUCCAUCGAAUGAUUUAGUGAGCAGUGAAGGCGGUAGUAACAAUAAUAAUAAUAAUAGUACAGAUUCUUACAAUGAUCAUUUAAUAUUAAAUAAACGGAUUGAAGUAUUAAAAACACCAGGUAAAAAACAGUCAACACAAUCGACUGUUUCAUCGCCUUCUUCAUCAUCGGCAGCUACGAUUUUUCCACCAGCAUCUUCACUAUCGAAAAGACAUUUUCAACAACAAGAUAUCAAGCCUGUAGGUGUGACAUCUAGUAUUCCACCUCCGUCAACAUCAUCGUCAUCGUCUCAUAUUCCAUUAGACAAUACUAAAGUAACUAUUGAAACAAUUGGAUCUAAAACAGUCUCUGCUCUUUUACGACAAAAUGCUACAAUUGAACCAGUAGAUACAUCACGAGGUGUUGGUAAACAUCUUGUUUCGCUAUUAACAACAGCAUCUAAAGAGACAACAUCUAUAAAAACUGGUUAUAAACAAACAUCGCGCGAUGCAGUAAUUGAAGAACGCUAUAAAUUAGAUUCAAAAUUGAAUAGUCUAUGGUCAAGUACCACAAGUAAUAAUUUUUCAACAGUGAGCAGUAGUCUUCAAUCAAAUAAACUACCACCAGUCGUUGUCAAUCGCAAAUCAACGUCCAAAUGUUUUCUCUGUAAAAAGAAAACUGGAUUAGCCACAACGUAUCAAUGCAAAUGUGGAAGUUCAUUUUGUAGUGAACAUCGAUAUCCAGAAGCGCAUGCAUGUGCAUUUGAUUAUAAAGCUGAAGGAAAACGUUUGAUUGAAAGAAAUAAUCCAUUGGUAACUGCACCAAAAUUACCGAAGAUAUAA